CAAAAGUCUGAAGUUGAAGAAGAGACUGUUUAGUCUAUGUGUAGCUUUCCUUCUUAGCCUGAGAAAUACGCCUUUUGUGUCUUGAGUCCAAUUCCAUGUUGAAAGAUGACACUGUGGCGCCAGCUACAGCUAAUGGACACUCUGUAUUUAGAGCAAGUGGACCAGCUUUAUAAUGAUGCUUUCCCUAUGGAGAUUCGUCAGUAUCUCAGCCAAUGGAUUGAGAGUCGUGACUGGGAAUCGGCUGCAAGUAAUGUGUCUUUGGCAACCCUGCUCUUCCACGAUCUCCUAAACCAACUAGAUGAGCACUACAGUCGUCUCAGCCUGGGCAACAACUUCCUGUUGCAACAUAAUAUACGCAAAAUCAAACGCAACCUCCAGGAGCACUUCCAGGAAGAUCCUGUUCACAUGGCUAUGAUCAUAUCCAACACUCUGAAUGAAGAGACGAAAAUAUUGGAAACUGCAAUUAGUACUCAAGGUCAGUCUGAAUCAUCACAGGGGGGUUUUAUGAUGGAACAACACAAUGAGUUGGACAAUAAAGUCAACAAUUUGAAGAAGAGCGUGCAGAGAACAGAACAGGAUAUACAGGUUCUGGAGGAUGUGCAAGAUGAGUAUGACUUUAAGAGAAAGACCUUGCAGAGUCGUGUGGAGGUUGAAAUGAAUGGCCAGAUAAAUAAAGAGAUCCAGCAGGAAGAAAUGGUUAUUAGACAAAUGUUUAUUGGGAUGAAUAUAAAAAGAGAGGUGUUGAUAAAAGAAAUAGCUAAUGUACUAAUGCUAGCAGAGCAGAUCCAGCUCAGACUCAUAUCAGAUGAGGUACCUGAGUGGAAGCAACGGCAACAGAUGGCUUGUAUUGGAGGGCCUCCCAACGCUUGCCUGGACCAACUGCAGAGCUGGUUCACCGUGGUGGCAGAAUGUUUGCAACAAAUCCGUCAGCAGCUGAAGAAAGUGCAAGAACUCGUGCAGAAAUUCACCUAUGACAAUGACCCCCUAACUCUGGGCAAGAGCCAGCUGGAAGAUCAGGCCCUUUCACUCUUCAAAAACAUCAUUUUGAAUUCACUUGUGGUGGAGAGACAGCCAUGCAUGCCCACACACCCACAGAGACCCUUGGUAAUAAAAACAGGAGUGCAAUUCACAGUUAAGAUCAGAUCACUAGUCAAACUGCCUGAACUGAACUGUCAGCUCAAAGUAAAAGCCUCCAUUGACAAAGAUUUAACAGAGAGGGACACGGUGAAGGGAUCCCGUAAAUUCAACAUUUUAGGGACGGCAUCUAAAGUUAUGAACUUGGAGGAAUCCAGUGGAAGCCUAGCAGCAGAAUUCCGUCAUUUGCAAUUAAAAGAAAUGAGAACUAGCAACAGAAUUAAUGAGACUUCCCUCAUCAUUUCUGAAGAGCUGCAUUUAAUUAGCUUUGAUACUCAGCUUGUUCAGCCAGAACUAUCUAUUGAUUUAUCGAUCACAUCACUGCCUAUCGUGGUGAUCUCCCAUGUGAAUCAAUUGCCGACCUCUUGGGCCUCCAUCCUGUGGUACAACAUGCUUUGCUGUGAACCUCAAUCUCAUAAUCUGGCAUUCUUCUUGAAUCCACCACUGGUGAAAUGGGGGCUUCUUUCAAAGGUGAUCAGUUGGCAGUUUUCUUCUGUCACCAAACGUGUGCUGAACUCUGAGCAGCUCAGAAUGCUGUCAGACAAACUUCUCGGUUGUGAAGCCCAAGGUGACCCUGAGGGACUUAUCUCUUGGAAUACAUUUUGCAAGACAUCAGCCAAUGAGAGAGGUGUACCAUUCUGGCAGUGGAUAGAUGGAAUUUUGGACCUUAUUAAAAGACACUUGCUCAGCAUUUGGAAUGAUGGGUACAUUAUGGGUUUUUUGAGUAAAGAGAGAGAAAAGGCUUUGCUAAGAGACACACUCCCAGGCACUUUCCUUCUGCGCUUCAGUGAAACCUGUCGAGAUGGAGGAAUCACCAUCACAUGGGUGGAGCACUCACAGGAUGGUACGCCAGUGAUGCAUUCGGUGAAGCCCUACACUAGGUCAGAGCUGGUGAACAUCUCUUUACCGCAUGUCAUCCGUGACUAUCACCUCACCGCUGCAGAGAAAGUUCCAGUAAACCCCCUCAUCUACCUUUAUCCAGACAUCCCAAGGGACGUCGCCUUUGGUCAUUACUAUACAAGCCCCUCUGAUGAUCAAGAUGAUAUGGAUGUAGACAGAAUCAGCAACCUUACUGUUGAACCGUAUUUGGGCAGGCGUAUGAUUCCAGUGACAGUAGUUCCUGGAUCAAGGCUCCCAAGCCAGUCCUAAAACACAUCAAGGACACGUGUUGGACACGUGUUGGACACACUGGUACAGUAUGUGCACCUUAUUCCACGAGCAAUCUCAUUUUAAUCCAAAGGACAAUGAUCCUGUUCUAAAAAUACUGUAUGUCAUACAUAGAUCACACUAAUGUACAAUAGACAUGACUGAUGAUAUCCAAAAUCUUUACCCAGGUACCCUUUGUACCAUAUUAGGAUUACAGCUCUAUUCUCCACCUGUCUGAGGAGGAGCCAUGAUUCUCACUGUUAAAGUACAGAAUAUAUUUACUGUUAAAACUAUUUAAUCUUAUGUUAUUUGUUUGUUGUUUAUAUUAAAAUGUAAAAAUAUGGUUAAAAACUCUGCAUGUCCUUAAAAAUAAGACUUUAGACUUUAAAUGAUUGUUUUCCCCCAUCUAGAAUUAACUUUAUUAAUCAACAUGUUUCGAGCCUACUGAUAAAUAAACAAAAAGAGGACCCACUUUAUAUUAGGUAACUUUAACUACUAGAUAUUACACAUGUGAUACAAUUGACUUAUUAUGUACAUGCAUGUUGUUGCAUUGUAAUUACAUUUAAAUUACUUGCUUUAAAUUACAUUUGUAGUUACAAUGUUAACUUUACCCCUAACCCUAACCUUACCCCAAAACCUAACUCUAACCACUAAUCCUAAACCUACCCAUACCAUAGACACAGUAGCAGCAAAUGUGGGAAUUUUGCUGUACAAUAUGUAGUUACACAGUAAAUACAUAGUCUUAUUAAUGUUAGUACAUAGGAGUUAAGGCCACCUAAUAUAAAGUGUGACCCAAAAAGAUUUUUGUUUAAAAGGAUGGCAAAAAAGACAACCAAAACUUUAAAAUGAUGAGUUCUCUGCUUAUGAUGAAAAACAUUUCCAUCAUCUUUGAUAGUCAGCCCAUUUAUACUUAACUAUAGCAAACAGUAUUUUAAACUGCACUAUUUAGAUGUGCAUUGUUUGUUUAUUUUUGGUAGAUUCUCAUUUUAAGGAAAAUAUAAAAAUGGUUCAGUAAGAAUUUUACAUUACCUACAUUUUCUCUCAGAGGUUACCCUUGAACCCCCAUACAAUAUUCCUCAGUCACAAGGCCUCAUAUACCCCCAUAGGUAUCUGAAUAUGUGUAUAUAUAUAUGUAUAGUAGUAGAAGAUCCCCCAUAGCCCAGUACUUUGGUUGUCUUUGGGCCCCCAAUGUCCUCAUUCUUGCCCAGUUAUAAGACACUUUUUGACUGUUUAUGAUUUUUUAUUUUUUUACAAAAUACUAUUGCUGCCAACAUAAAAAAUAUAAAUAACUAUUCCAAAAAAUGUUGCAUUUGAUACACAUUGUCAAUAGAAUGGUUACGAAAGUUAUUAUUGUCCAGACAUUUGGUGGGACGGAAAUGAUGAGACCGGCCCUCUGGGAACUUCAAUUGAAUACCCCUGCUUUACAAUAAGGUUCCAUUUGUUAACACUAGUUAAUAACAUUAGUAACUGUAACAUGAACUAACAAUGAACAGCACUUUUACAGCAUUUAUUAAUCUUGGUUAAUGUUAAUUUCAACAUAAUAUAUAUAUAUUUUUUAAAUCAAAUGUUAAAAUCAUAUUUAAAACUAAUGUUAUUUUAACAUUAAAACACAAUGAACAUUUGUAUUUUUUAUUAACUGGCUAUAUUGUUCGUUGUUAGUUCUUGAUACCUAAUGAAAUAACUCAAAACUUGUUAUAAAGUGUUACCACUUGAAUCAUUGUUUUUUUUCUGAAUUUGUGUACUGCAAUAGUGGAUCCAUUCAAAAACUCUGAAAUUCUGCUUCUGUGCAGUCAAUUGUUUGAUUAAAACUUCCAUCUUGAGAAGCAAGUAUUUAUUAUUGCACAUUAAAACAUUUGUAUAUGUACAGUAUAUACACAUACCAACUGCAUUGUACAGUCAGAGAUCCUGUUUCAAAUCCAAAUUUGAAUAUAUUCUUAAACAUUGGACAGUGUUACAUAAUGUGAAGUGCCAAGACUAUUAAAUGGUUUGUAAUAAUUUAGUUUGCAAGUUCUUCAAUAUCAGGUCUUCUUUUUCAUCCAUCCAAUUGUCUACUUCUCAUCCUUGUCUCCAGUGUUUUGAAAUCAAAUAUAA